AUAUCAAGUAUGGAAAAACACAUAUUGUAGCUAUGUAUAUUUGCAUAACAUCAAAUGGCCCAAUUGAAAAUCUUUAUAAAAAAUUACGACAAGCUAAUUCUUCUAUUGAUAUUAAUGCAUUUAUACAAAGAGUUAAAUUUAUAAUAAAAUUUGAAGGAAACCCAGUAGAUUCAGAAACUGGAAAAGGAAAUAUUAUAUAUGAUAUUACUGAUCAAAUUAUAAUCAAUAUUCCUAAAUCAAAGCCUGGUGAACGUGUAAUAGCUUUUUCAAGUAAUAAAAACUACCAAAAUACAGAAAGAAAAAUUAAUACAGUUGAGGCUAUAUUAUCAAAAAAGCAAAACCAAAAUGAUAAUUUAAUUGAAGAACCAGAUUUACAAGCUGAAUUAUCUGGAUACAAUUCAUCUUUCUCUGCUUAUA